AUGGUCUUUAGGUUGAAACGGCUGUGGCUAUUUUUCUAUGGAUCAGGUUCUCUAUGGGUUCCGUGGAUUAAAGAGAAUCGGUUUAAUGGUAGGAGUCUAUGGCUGAUUAAUGAUGCGCCAAGGUUUUCGAGUGCGGUGAGAAGUAUGCUCCAGCUAAAGGACCAACUUCAUAGCUUUCUCCGAUGCAGCGUCGGUGAUGGUAACACAGCCUUGUUUUGGUACGACUAUUGGACGGAGUUGGGUCCAUUGAAUCUUUUAUUCGGAACCACGGGUUCCCGAUCUCUUAGGAUUCCCCUUGCUGCCACUGUUUCUCGUGCGGUUAACAAUGGAAAUUGGAAUCUUCCACCGGCUCGCUCUGAAUUUGCGGAAACUCUUCAGAUUAUUCUGUCUGCAACGCCGGUCCCGUCAGCUGAUUUCAGAGGUGAUGUUUAUUUGUGGAGAAACGCUUCCGGAGGUUUCGGACCAUCUUUUUCUUCCCGGGUUACUUGGGAAAGAUUGAGAGUGGUUGCUCCAGUGGUUCCAUGGCAUUCGGUGGUGUGGUUCAAAGAGGAGAUCCCACGCUGCUCUUUCAUAACUUGGACUGCUUUUCUUGGUAGAUUGCCUACUCGAGAUCGCUUGAUUUCCUGGGGUCUUUCUGUACCUCCAGGUUGUGUUCUUUGCUCAUCCGCUGAUGAAUCUACUUCUCAUUUGCUUUUUAUCUGUCUCUUUGCGGUUGCUACUUGGACUCGUUUUUGUGGCAGGUACUUGGCGUCAAGGCCAUCCUCACUCGCAGACGUCCUUCAUCUCAGCCAGCAUCUGUCCGGACCGAAUGCUUCUCGUGCUGUGGUGGUGCUCAAGCUGCUCAACCAAGUGAUUGUCUACAACCUUUGGCGUGAGAGGAACAGCCGCAUUUUCACCGGAGUAUCUUCAACACAUCAUGCGAUUUUUCACAAGAUCGACCGUUCGAUGCGUGAUAGGCUACUGUCUCUAUCCAGGCCUUCUGUUAUAGCUCCUUCUCCUUCUUUGCUUGAGUUGUAUUUCUGGUUCAUUUCCCCUUAUAGUUAAUGUUACUCUCUCUAGAUUGCUCUCUCUUUGCUCC